AUGGCGAUGGUACUCGACCAAGUCCGCGUUUCUACGCGCCACACGCUUAACUGUGCCAAUGAGGCGACACUUGCCGCCGUCGAGUCCCCUUUCAGCCUAGGGCCGAUGGAUCACAUCGUCCCCUCUAUGUUGACCAUCGAAGCCAUAUUCGUCUACAGAACGUCGAAAACAUUGCCAGACGAUAACUUCCUCCUGGUCGAACGCUUAAAGCUGGCUGCAUCCCACCUCCUCGACUACUACCCGCACCUCACUGGCCGUCUUCAGCAGAAUCCAAUCACCCAAGCUCCUGAGAUAGGUAGCCUGGGCACUGGCGCUGAACUUUGGGAGGCAAAAUGCACCAGGAGGCUCACAAGCAUCGCGGUCUCUGCCCUCUCAGCCCGUAUCCUAGUCUUCAACCUGCCUGAUUCUGGUAAUGCUCUUCUUCCAAUCUUUCAUUCGACAAUGGGAUCUGUCUCCCACAAUCCUAUCUUCGCCAUCCAACACACGCGCUUCGGCUGUGGAGGGGUUGCACUGGGCAUUCGUGUUCACCACCAAGUCUGUGAUGCCACUGGGUUUAUGCAGCUCGUGCGCGAUCUCGCCGAGAUCUACAAACAAUUGCGCGACUCUUCUCCGCCAACACUUGUAUCUCCCCCCGAGAUUUUCUCACACUUCCGCGGAACGCAAAGCCUAUCGGCUAACGAGAAGGAGAAAGCCCUUGCGUUCGACCCUCCGAACUUUUAUCUUGACGAAACUACCAUUGUUAUGCCUGAGGUUUCAGAACCUCCCUCUGUAUACACUUGUCCUCUCCGUUUUCAUGGUCAAGACCUGAUUCCACUCAAGAUUGCUGCGACCGACCCCAACGCCAAGGAGCAUAUCUCGUUUACCAGAUUCGAGCUCGUCUCAGCCUAUCUGUACCAACGGAUUUACCAAGCCAGGAUUCAGGUUCUGCGUGACAUGGGACUCACACCAGACCCCAACGUCCUACACUCACUUCGCGACUUUGGAACAACUAUGGAUAUGCGUGACUCCACCCGUCUGAAGCUUCCUGCACGCUACUUUCCGAAUGCCGUCUACUGCCCCUCCACUUCCGCCUCCCACGAAUUGCUCGAAAACGGCGCCCUCUGGCAGGUUGCACAGGUUGUUCAUGAUGCGAUUCACUCAGUCGAUAUGAAUGAAGUCAAACAACAGUUCGAAUGGAUUGCCGCACAGCCCAACAAAAGCCACGCCAAGUUGAAGAAGAUACUUCCACAUGGUUGCCUCAUUGCCACCCAGUGGACUAAGGGGAAGAUAUACGUUGGUGUUGACUUUGACACCACCGUCGAUGGCAAACGUAUUCCCCCUUCUCUAGUGUCCCCGGCUUUUAGUGAAGGUUACCGGGUCGAUGGUUUGGCGAUGAUCUUGUCUACCGAGGAGGAGGUGCCUCGCCGUCAGAAUAGACGUUCUUUGGCUCGUGUCAAUAUUCCGUACGCUGUUGAUGUGAAUUUGACUCUGGAUCGGUCAGUGUGGGAUGUUCUCAACAAUGACCCCGACUUCCUCGCUCUCCAUUCUUAA